AUGCAGCGAACUCUGACCGGCUCAACGCCAUCAAUUUUAUAUCCAGUUAAUAUUGAGCCAACCACAUCCACUUCAGAAAAAUAUACAAUUGUGCCAGAUAAAGCAUUGAUGGCAACAUCUGAAAUCAAGGAUGAUCUUGCUGUGGAAAAACAGGAACUCGAAGUUGAAUCUUUGACAACGGAUGAUUCGAGAACACCUUCGCCAGCAAUAAAAAUGGAAACUGAAGUGAAAAAAGAGGAGAUUCUCGAUGAAGCAAUGGGAGAAAUCGAGAUUGAGCAAAAAACGGUUUUCACUGAUUUGAACAUUGAUACAAAUAUUGCAAAAAUUGAGGGACCAACAUCAUCUCUCUCAUCAAGUUCAUCAAAUUAUGGUUCGACAGCAAGUCCUUCGACUAGUGCGUUGGACGAAAAUCAACAGCAACAACAACCUGUUAAAAAGCGACGAGCUUCCAGAAAAGCUGCGGUUAUAGAAGAAGCAUCCAGAAAAAGUAAUAGGUGAGUUAUUCUAAAUACCUUUCAGUUACUGUCAAGGUUACCUGACAGUAACUGAAAGUCUUGAAAACUUUAAAUAAAGUAAUUUUUCUCAGAAUCAAUAAAACUCUCGAAAAGAAUGCUGAGGUUAUUGACAACUAUACUGGCCAAAAGGAUCUUGGAAAACGUAAGAAAUAUUUUCUGGAUUUUUUCCAACAAAAUUUUUUUUAAUUUCCAGCGAGGGGUAAUCAAUUUCCAGUCGGCUUGAAAAGACAAUCCUAUGAUUUUCCGUCGAAAAUAUUAAAGGAGAAUGGAAGAUUGAGAAUUGAUAUGGUUAGUUUGCAUAUCUUAGAAAUUCUAGAAAUGAAUUUUAAAUUUUUCGAAAAUUAAAAAGUCACGUGAAAUAUUUUUUUCAGUUUCAUUUCGAAAAAAAUUUUCUGUUAGGUUACUGUACCUACCAAAUGAAAAAUUUGAAACUCUUGAGCAACUCUAUAAUGUUUUUUGUGGCAAUUUUCUAAUAAUCAACAAGUCACGCGAUAUUUACUUUUGUCUUGCAAACUUUAUUUUCUGGCGUUUAUUUUGAAAAAAAAAUUACAAAAUAACUUUUUUGAAAAAAAUAAGAAAGAACACAAUUUUUUCUUUUGUUUUCUUUUGUUUUUUCCUUUUUUCACGUACAACUUUAAAAUGACACGAUUUCAGAAUGGUCCAUCAACACGGAGCAAUCCAGCCGAAGAAGCCUGCUACACGCCGCUUCGAAAUCGUGCGCGAGGAAGUGUUCAUGGUCCCGAAUAUCAAGCAUCACUUCCAUCAUUCUCACCAAAAGAAGAAUUUGAAGAAGACAACUGUCGGGAAGAGGCGAUUUGGGUGAAUCCACAGUCAAAUGAACAACAAAAAAGAAUCUCGGAUGAAGAAUUGAAUUUGAUUUAUAUCACAAUUCAAAAACAAUAUGGAGAAACAAUGCCAUUGGAUGCAAUUUUGCACAGAUUAAUGGAAUGUGAUUAUAAUUUGGAUGAAAUGUUAGCAACGAUUGAAAAGGAAAGAGAAAGAUUACCACAACCAUUUUUGAAGUUAUCAAAUGUACAGCAAGCCGAAUUUGAAAGACAACUCCGAAAACUUCGAACUGCUUCAAAUUCCACGAAUAGAACAAUUCCAAGAUCUCAUCGAAAUAUGCAAGAAAGAUUUGUAAGUUUAACUUGAGCUUAUCUCUUAUUCUUCAUUCAAAAUUUUAUUUGUUUAUAGAUGCGAAGUCAUUAUUUGGGAGAGAUCAUCAAUUAUUACUACACCACAAAAAAGAAGUGUUGCUCUCAAAAACAAUUCAACCGGUGUAAAUGUCGAGAAAAUAUGACUUCUGUAGAAAAAUUAGUGGAAAGAGUUGAGUGCUCGAAUUGCACAAAAAUUGCGAGACCAAAUGCGGAAAAAUUAGGAUUGUUGUGUUUACUGUGCAAACUUUAUUAUGAGUAAGUUUUUUAUUUCGAAAAAAAAAUGAAAUUCUAAUCAAAAUUUGUUCUGCAGGCGUAACCAAAAACAUCGGGAUUCUCAUGAAAUGUUCAACGAUGAAGAAGAGAAGCUUCUGAAAAAGUGGAAUGAAAUGGAAACCGAGUUAGGCCAAAUAAUUACUUUGGAAGAUGUCAGAAAUAAAUUGGAGGAAGAACGAGUUGCUGACAUUUCAACCAGACAGCUGACUUCUGAAGAAAUAUCGGCAUUAGGUCCAUAUCGGAAAAGAGAUCGAAGCCACGUUGCAAAACUUUUCUCGACUUUCGAAUCAACAUACAAUCAAUUGUAAGUUCCCAUUGACUUUUUUCGGUUGAAGAAUUAUAUUCUGAAUUUUUUUCAGCUGUGAUCCAAGUGCCGAACCAACUUCAAACAUUCGUCUCAAGGAUUAUAGCGAUGACGAGAAAUUCGAAUUCAUCCAAGCUUUUGAAAAAUUUGGAAAAGAUUAUGAGAAAGUUGCAAAUGCUUUGAAAUGUUCGGAAUUGGAAGUCGCCACAUUCUACUUUCGUUUUCAGAGAGAUUUGAAUCUUGCAGAGGUUUGUUUUUUUUUGUUUUAAUGGGGAAAAUGAAAAUUUUUCACUGUGUUUCAGGAGAAAUUUUUUCUUAAUGUUAACCAUUUUUAAAGUUGUUUGAGUUUUUUCAAGAAAGAUAGUUUUAUCAAAAUUAUUCUUCCCCAAAAAGCCCGAAAUCUGAAUCAAAUAUUCAACAAAUUUAAUUCCAGGUAAUCUCCGAAGCUCAAAACAAUAACAACAAUCGCUCAAAGGAAAAGGAGCGAAACACAUCGCGCGAUUCGACUCCAUACGAACCAUCGGAAAAAGUUUCCAACGAAAAACCAUCGGGUCUUAUUCGUAGUACAAUUAAUACCCGAAAACGAACCUCCGAUGUUGCAAUCAGCGCUCAAAAAGCGGGUCCACCAAAAAGACGAAGUCGCGGGAUCUAA